CGAUAACUCUGCGCUCGGCCUCUCGCCUGUGCUCACAAUGAAUGGCUGCCUGUAGCGAGAGAGAGGGAGAGAACGCUUCUGACUCCUCCAUCGAAACACUUUCCAACGGCAUACGGCGAGGGGACUGCGAGGAGCUGGGCGUAGCGUCAUGGCUCAGACGCUGCAGAUGGCCAUCCCCAACUUCGGAAACGGCGUGCUGGAGUGCCUGAACGAGCAGCGGCUGCAGGGCCUGUACUGCGACGUGUCGGUGCUGGUGAAGGGCCACGCCUUCAAGGCCCACCGCGCCGUGCUGGCGGCCAGCAGCUCCUACUUCCGCGACCUGUUCAACGCGGGCAGCAAGGGCGGCGUGGUGGAGCUGCCGGCGGCCGUGCAGCCGCAGAGCUUCCAGCAGAUCCUGUCCUUCUGCUACACGGGCCGGCUCAGCAUGAACGUGGGCGACCAGUUCCUGCUCAUGUACACGGCCGGCUUCCUGCAGAUCCAGCAGAUCAUGGAGAAGGGCACGGAGUUCUUCCUGAAGAUCAGCUCGCCCAGCUGCGACUCGGCGGGGCCGCCCCCGGAGGAGGCGCCGCCCUCGGAGCCGCAGAGCCCCGUGGCGCCGGCGUCGGGCCGGCCCGCCGCCUGCCUCACGCCGCUGCCCCUGCUGUCUCGCGUGAAGCUGGAGCAGGAGGCCACGCCCCACUCCGUGCUCUGCACCCCCGUGGCCAAGCGGCUGUGGGAGGCGGGCGGCGGCGGCGGAGGAGGAGGAGGGGGCGGAGGAGGGAUGAGGAAGGCCGCGCGGUUCUCCCAGGAGGGCGGGAGAGGGGGCGGCGGCGGCAACAACAACGGCGUGGUCGCCGCCGUCGCCAAUAGCAACAACAACAACAACGGGAACGGGGGCUCGGCCUGCGAGGGGGCCAGCCCCGGGAACCUGAGCGUGUACACCAGCGACUCGCCCGUCUCCUACCACGAGGAGGAGGAGGAGGAGGAAGGCCCGGACGACGGCACGGAGGAGCAGUACCGCCAGAUCUGCAACAUGUACACCAUGUACAGCAUGCUCAACGUGGGGGCCGCGGAGCGGGUGGACGCCCUCCCGGACCACCUGACCUCUGACACGCGUAGCCGCGUGCGCAUGCGGCAGGACCUGGCCUCGCUGCCCGCCGAGCUCGUCACGCAGAUCGGCAACCGCUGCCACCCCAAGCUGUACGAGGAGGGGGACCCCGCCGAGAAGCUGGAGCUGGUCUCAGGCACCAGUGUGUUCAUCACGCGGGCCCAGCUGAUGAACUGCCACGUCAGCGCGGGGACUCGACACAAAGUGCUGCUGCGCCGGCUGCUGGCCUCCUUCUUCGACCGGAGCACUCUGGCUAACAGCUGUGGGACGGGGAUCCGCUCCUCCACCAACGACCCCAGCCGCAAACCACUGGACAGCCGAGUCUUACAUGCUGUCAAAUUUUACUGUCAGAACUUCGCCCCGAGCUUCAAGGAGAGCGAGAUGAACGCCAUCGCGGCGGACAUGUGCACGAACGCGCGGCGCGUGGUGCGGAAGAGCUGGAUCCCCAAGCUGAAGCUGCUGAUGGCGGACGACCCGUACUCCAGCUUCCUGGCCGACAGCGGAGCCAAGAUGGAGGACGACGGGCUGGGCGCGGAGCACGGCUUCGACGCGGCCGCCGCCGCCGCCCUGGAGGCGGGGCCCGUGGGCGGGGAGCCGGGGACCUCCAACGAGGGCCUGGGGCCGGGGGUGGGGCCGGGGGGGGACGCCAGCACUUUGUUUCAGUGA